AAACUCUGCCGAAAUUCCAGCUCAAGCUCAUCCAACCAACAAUUGCUUAGUUGACUAAACAAUUGCUCCACCAUGGCCAACAAUGCCAAUGCUGGAGCCUUUGGGUUGGAAGACGUGCCGGAUCUUCCUGAAGCACCCACGGAACAGCCCAAGUACAACCGGGAUUACCAUCGACUCUUCGUCAAAUUCAUGAGCUGGCUGCACAAGAGGACAUACACCAAGGCGGCUCGCUUCCAACCCAGUGCUUGGCCGGCAUCCAACCACAUCACACAAGAAGGCUAUCUCCUUCUACAUGCCAUCAAAGGUGCCACAUGGAAUGGAACCUCCGGCAAUCCAACCAAGUCCGAUCCUGUGAACGAAGUGGUCAAGGAAGUCAAGAAAGCGGAGACUCAACACCGCGGCAAGAAGUCCUGUGCCACCAGGGAUUUGACGGAAACUGAGUAUCGCAAGGUGGUCCAUGAACUCUACGGCAAAGGGAGCUUUGAAUCGACCAUCCGUACAGCUGCAUGUUGA